AUGAAAGAGAGAGGUGGAAAUACGAAAAUUAAAUGCAACUUCUGUAAUCUGGAAUUUACGGGUUCGUAUUCAAGGGUUAAAGCACACCUGUUGCAGAUCAAGGGAGAAGGAGUUUCAGUGUGUCCCAGAGUCACUACUGAUAUUUUGUUGCAACUUCGAAGGGAGAUGGCAAAUGCAGAAGAAAGAAAAAGGCAGGUUGUGAUUCCACUCCCACCAUUGAGUUAUGCUUCAUCAGGUUUUGCCUGGGGAGGAGCUGAAAUGCUGCCAAAACAAGGUUCCAAAAGAAGAGCAGUUGACAAGAACAGUCCUAUAAAUAAAGCUUUUAAUCAGGAGGUGAGAGCACAAGUGGAUGGCGAAAUUGCAAGAGCAUUUUAUUCAGGGGGUUACCUUUCCAUUUUGCUAGAAAUCCCCACUACAUCAAGUCAAAAGGAGAGGGCACAUAUUGAAAGAUUAUUGGAACUAAUCAAGACGACUUGGAAAGAGAAAGGGGUGACCAUAGUAUCAGAUGGUUGGACGGACAAUCAAAGAAGACCGUUGAUUAAUUUCAUGGUUGUUACUGAGAGUGGCCCUAUGUUUUUGAAGGCAGUGAACUGUGAGGGUGAAUACAAAGACAAGUUCUAUAUAUCCAGCUUAAUUAAAGAAGUUAUAAUGCAAGUAGGACCACAAAAUGUAGUUCAAGUUAUCACGGACAAUGCACCCGUUUGCAAGGCAGUAGGUAUGCUCAUUGAGACUAUGCAUUCUCACAUAUUUUGGACUCCAUGUGUUGUGCACACACUUAAUUUGGCUUUGAAGAAUAUAUGUGCUGCUAAGAAUAUCGAGUCUAAUGAGGAUGUAUAUGUUGAGUGUCACUGGAUUACAGAUGUUGGAGACAAAGUACUAAUGAUUAAGAAUUAUAUUCUUAAUCAUAAUAUGGUUUUAACAAUGUUUAAUCAAUUUGCUCCUUUAAAACUUAUUUCUAUUGCUCAAACGAGAUUUGCUUCGAUACUUGUCAUGCUCAAAAGAUUUAAAUUAGUGAAACGAGCACUUGAAUCAAUGGUUCUUUGUAAUGAGUGGAGUACUUACCGAGAAUGUGAUCCCUCGAAAGCUCAAACUAUUAGGAGAACGGUGCUUGAUGAUUUAUGGUGGGAUAAACUUGAUUAUAUUAUAGAAUUCACUACUCCUAUUUAUGAUAUGCUUCGUUUUGCGGAUACCGAUAGACCUUCACUUCAUUUGAUAUAUGAUAUGUGGGACGAUAUGAUAGAGAAGAUAAAAAAUAUCAUAUAUAGGCAUGAAGAGAAAGAGCUCACGAAGGGUUCUGAAUUUUAUGAUGUAGUCUAUGCAAUACUAACAGAUAGAUGGACUAAAAGCUCUUCACCGCUUCAUUUCAUGGCUCAUUCACUAAAUUCGAGGUAUUAUAGUGACACAUGGCUUAGUGCCGCUCCGAAUCGUACUCCUCCUCAUCUUGAUAUUAAGCUAUCGGAAGAAAGAAAUAAGUGCCUCAAACGAUACUUUCCAUCAAGUGAAGCAAUAACAGCGCAAGGGCAAUCAAGGUUGUGGGAUGUAGGAGGUGACCGAUUUGAUCCGCUUGAUGGUGCUGAAGAACUUGAAAUAUCUAGCCUUUUACUAGAUGAGCCGGAGUUUGAAAUAUUAAGGGAAAAUGAAUUGUUCGUCAAGAAAGAGAAGUGUGAAUUUGCCAAGGUUUCCAAAAGAAUGAAGAAAUGUGCGGACAAAAAGAGAAGACAGUUGGAGUUUGAAGAAGGAGACUGA